UCUAAAUAACAAAAUUUUGAAUAAUUUGAAUAUUUAAUUAAUUUAUGUUUGGAUUUGGUACUAUAUUUUCGGAUCGGUAUCGGUUCUGUUGUUUGGAUUAAUUUUGUAAAACCCUAAUAAUUACAUAAAAAUAAAUAUCAAUAUAUUUUUCAAAAUAUACACCCAGACGCGCGGGUCAAAAUCUAGUAGCUUAUUAUUAGUGGCGUGAGACCACACCAAAAUAUAAUAAGAAAUAAAUGUUAACUAUAUAUAGUUCGGACGUGGUAGUCCAUUAAUAUUGGAAUCAAAUUCGGCAUUUUGAUAAAUUCAUUAUCUAGAUUCUAGUCUUUUCUGUUCCGUCCAAUUACACAAAAUAAAUAGAAUCCUGAAAUAAAUAACAAAAGGGAGUUUCAGUUAGCCUCUUGAUUUACUUAAAUCCAUUAAAAAUUAAAUAUAACUAUAUAAGGAGUCACUUAAAGUUGCUAUUCAACAGCCGUUUGAUGAGAAAAAAGACGUUGUUAUUCAGCUAUUCAUAUCUCUAACACGAAUAUCUUGCUUGGAUUUCCUCGCGUACUUGUCUUAGCUAUAAUUACGACCAUAAUCAUAACAGUAAGAAAGCAUGUUAAAUUGACAACAUGUGUCUCGAUCGCAUCUUGGUGUAGCGAUAGUUUAGACACGGUUCGUCAAUUUUCACUAUAUUCAUAUUAAUUUGACCACUAAAUCACAUGAUGACUACAAAUUCCAAAGUUAAAUUAAUAUAUAUAGGUAAGUUAUUCCAAGUUCCAAAUCUUGAUUAUAAAAAAAGGGAAAAGAAAAGGGAAAAUAGAUGCGAAGAUGCAAGAUUGAUAGUGAAAUCAAAUGAAGGGCACAUGUUGGGGAAGUGACGUAACAAAAAGGAAAACAGAAAGAAGAUAGAUAGAUAGAGAUGCUUAGUUAUUAUCAUGACAACUAUGAAGCAAAGCUAGAGUCCGUCCAUACAAGUAUUUUGUGUGUGUACCACCGAAUUUGUCUGUUUAUGUUAUCGCCCUUCUUUUCUCAUUCCCACGAGCCACGAUCACAAUUAUGUUUUGCAAUGCCAUUGAUAUUGAUUGACAAACUAAACAAUUAUAAGACUCGUGGAUUUGUAUGGUCAAAUAUAUUCCGAUCAAAUUAUUCGCAUAAGUGUGAGAUAAAAUACGUACUUUAUCUCCUUUACUUCCUCCUACGUCGCAUCUACGCAUUCGUGCCCUACCUUCAUAAAUCAUAAGACUCUUCCAACUGUUUAAAUUCUUAAUUGAGUCGAUGAGCCACGACCGGAGAUUUAAAUAAUCACAAAUCACUAAUCAUUAUUUUAAUUAAGCCUUCAUUUCCAAUGAUUAUCCUAUUUUUUACUUCAAAAUAGAAAAACUCUAUAAUAGAUGAGUUUUGCUCCAAUAUUUUUCUUUUUAAUAAAGAUCUUCAAAUAUAGAGUAAAAUAUAGAAAAUGCAAUUUCUUCUCCUAUAAAUAGAGGAAAAAAUAGCAAUUUCUAUAUUAAAACAAAAAUAUAGAUGAACUGAAGUAAUUUUGCCUUUAAAUGCUAUUAUAAAAGCAAAUAGAGUUGAGUUGGAGAUGCUCCAAAACACAUUUUACUCUCAAAAUUAUCAAUUGACUUAUGUUUUAUAGUAUAAAAAUUUGUUUAAUACAAAAUAGCCAAACGAUAUAAAAAAUGAAAUCAUGUAGUUUAGUCCUUUCAUUUUGUUCGCUUUAUACUCAAAAUUGGCUUUUGCUAAAUAUACAUGGUGAUUACUAACCUCUUUGUCGGUAUAAAUGUUUAGAUCAUGAAAACAUGUUAUCCAAAGUAAUGAUAUACAGUUUUCUUGCCUAACUCCACUAACACAGCUAACAAUAUUAUAUUUACCAACUACUACUUGAAUUUUAAUUUGAUUUAGAAGAGAUUGAUUCAUUGAAAUCUUGUUUAUACUAAUCAGUUAACAAAUCCUAACUUAUUUAUUAUUGUUGAUAUCGAAACAAAUCCCACAAGUUAAUAUUCUAGCCUAAUUUCAUUUUCACAUCUUAAGGCAAUAAAAAUUUACAAAAGCAAAUUAUAGAAAAAAAAUCUUAAGGCAACAAAAAUAAAGAACAACAUAAGAAGCUAUAAUAGUUUAUUUUGGGAAGAAAAUCAAGCCAUAAUAGUUUUUAUAAAGAAAACCCAAGCUAUAAUAGUUUCAUACCUACUAAGUUAGGAAUUUGUAAUUUCUUUAUACAUAUAAAAUUAGCUAGCUGGUCAAUAAACAAUUAGCACUUUUCGAAAGGUCCAUUUCUAAGGAAGUUGGAGACCGUCCUUUUAAACUAAUUCCCCUGCACCAUCCCUUAUAUCGGGUGUCUAAUUCUACAUCUUAUUCCUUUUUAUAUUCUCUAACCAAUUACAAACAAAAUGUGAUAAGUAUUAUUUAAUUUUAUUAUCGAAACUCGUAUCUUCCUUCCUCUCCAUCCUUUUUCAUCUACCUUUGAAUCUAUUCAUACUUGUAUAUAAAGCUUUACUUCCUCCUCUGCUACACCUUUUGUAUCAAUAACCAAAACACAUUCAUUGUUUUAAACCCUAAACCCUACACUCCAAACAUCUGAGCUACCACCAAAAACAAAAAUGAGACCCUUUGGUUUGAUCGUUACGGUCAUGUUCUUGGUCUCAGCCUUUUCGGAAUCAAGAACCGCCGAUUGCAGAGUUCUCCUUGGUGGUUCAUGGGAGGAUCAAUCUAAGAAUCACGGAGUUGAUUUGCGAAGUAAAGAAUUGUUAAGGGUCGUGAUACGUGGUUAUAAAAGGCUACAAUCGCUCUCUUCAGCUGGAGAGAGGAUGCACACAAUGGCUUCAGGACCGAGCAGGAGAGGUGCUGGUCACUAAAAGACUGUUAAUCCAUGCACUUACAUUAUUUCUAUAAAUCAAUAUUGCUUAGCUCAGGUUAUAGUAAAUAGUUUUCAGUUGUUAUAGGUUAUUAUAUUUAUUCAGUCGUCAAAGAUCAACGUUAAAGUUUAGAGGGGAAAUAUUCUUUGAUCAUACAAUAGUUGGUUCCUUCUAAUAAAAAUCACGUGCCAAUAAUUGAUAAUUUUGUUUUUGAUUGAAUUUAUAGUUUGAGAUCCAAGUUAACCGUGUAAAUUCGAGAUGAAUCAGUUUUUUUUUUCCAUUAUGGUGCAUUACAAAUGAAACAACCACAACACUCAUCAAAAGCGUUAACAGCAAAACUACUCUCAUAAAGAAUACAAUGUUAUUUCAUGCUAUACUACUACAUAGUAGUUAAAAAUUGGAUUAAUAUCGGUUGCAACUUCCAUGAUUGAUGAGAUGCAAACACAUAUUUUGUGUUCAAAGCGUUGGCCUUUGGGGUAUUAAAAGGGACAUUUUGUUUUGUUGUCCUUCUAUGGGAGCCGGAAAUAUAGAAGCUAUAAGCUUCACAUACACUGUUCGGAAUAAGGCCCAAUUAGGACGAUUAUUACAAAGCUAGUCGAAUUUAUCUACAAUGACAGUUUUUUUUUAAAAAAAAUAUUUAUUAUUACUAAAUUGCUUUGGAAAAUUGACAAAAAGUUUGAAUAAAUAAUUCUCUUUAACCAAAAAUAUAUAGAUAUUAAGUUUUGUUAAUUUGGAACGGUAAUGAGAAAAUUAAUAAAAAGCCUAUUUAAAGGCCUGUUUAAAUUUUCUUUUUUUACACACCAACGAGCAUUUUCUACUAUAUGAUUCAUAUCUUUUUUGCUGAUUUUUGUUGUAAACUUACAAGCAAAAGACAGAGAAGGCGACGAUGAGUACGAUGAAACCAAGUCGGAGCGACGAAGUAUCCGACCCAGAUCAGCAGAUCAAGAACUCUAACGAGAUCAGAGCUUGUUUCGAUUCCUUGGCACCUAAGCGACCCACUAAACCCACCCGGAACGAGCCAGCACCUCUAGGAUCUUUCUCUACUUCCGACCAAACCACAGACCACCCAGAGGCUGACAAGUUCCAAAAUCUCCAGUCACAAACUCAUAGUAAUAUUUUGCACGAAUGAGGUUCAGCUGCUGUUCAAGAGGAGUUCUUAGAGACAGGGGAUUACACGAAGAUAUUAAGCAACAUCACACGACCGGAAGUGGGUUUAUCAAAGUGGUGAAGGAAGACGGUGGCGAAGAUACCUUUACAGCCGCCGCUGCACUCGACGACGGAGGAGAAAAGGCGGUCUGCAGAAGCAACCCGGCUAUGAACGACUGGAUUCCUGCGGCCGAGGAAGGCCUAACUUCCGAGUUUUCAUCUAAACCGAACAAAAGCGAGAGUUCUUGAAUAAGAUCUUUAACCAUGUUUCUUUAUCAUCUUCCAGAUAUUGUGUGUUUCUUGAUAUUAUUGUAAUAAAAAUUGAAAUUAAUGAACUAUCUGUUUUGUGUCA